ACGAUUUGCAAAACUAGAAGCACCGCGAUGGCGCGAACGACAUACAUUAUACAUAUAUAAAUGAGGUGUCCAGAAAAAGUAACGAACUCGAUACAAAUCAAAUUGAAAGAAAGCCUCUCUCACUCACCAUUUUCUUGUUUGCGAUCACCAAUGGCUGCCAUAAUCGAUUGCUCCUCUUCCUCUCCUUUCGGUUACUUCCAACUCAACACAAAUCCCAAGUUGAGGUUAUCGCAGUUUGUCAACCAGCAAAAUGCUGCUCACCUGACAAGUAAAGACAAAUCAUAUGGGCAUAUAUUUGGAGUACCAAAGUUAAGAUCAAGGCUUCAGACACCCCAGACUGCGCUUGUUGUUGGCUCUGAGGAUCAUUCACAUAUCAGUGGUCUCCAAAGAGCUACUAAAGACACCUUUCAGAUUGGAAACUCAAGUUUUCAUAUAUCUGGAAAUGAUGGAAAGCCAGCAGUCUCAUUCUGUAACCGUCCAUUUAGCAGAGAUAAUGAAGUCAUUUCAUCAGAUUCAGAAUGGAUUCGGAACACCUUAUCAUGGUUUAUUGGCCCUGUUGUCCUUGUUGCUUCUUUUUGUUUUCCUCUAAUCUGUUUGCCUAAAAUGAUCAGUAACAUUUUUGGAAGCACGGUAUCAAAAGCUCUCCUCCUAUCAUUCUCACAAGAAGCAAUUUUCUAUUGUGGAGUUGCUGUUUUUCUUCUUCUACUAGACCAUUUAAUGAGACCCAAACAACUGGAUCCUUCUGCAAACAAAAGUGAUACUCUGAGCCUACAAUUGGGAAAGGAAUACUUCUAUUCUAUUGCUUCCAUGAUGAUUAGACAGCUUGGUAUCACAAUUCCAAUGGUCACAUUGGGUUUGACCUGGCCAUGGAAUGGCCAUGUAAUUCCUGUAACUCUUGCUCCAUACAUGGUUGGUGUAUUUGUCCAAUCCGCAUUUGAGAUGCUUGCACUGUAUUGGAAGUCACCAUCAUGGCCUGCUAUUCCUUUUAUCUUUCAUGUAUAUAGAUUGCACCAAAUACAUAAAGCAACACUUUCGCUAACAUUUCUGUUAUAUGACCUCGCGGAAGCUGAGAAGGUCUAUAGCAAACUGCCUUUAACCCCCAGUACUUGGUUAGGACUCACAACCGUUCUUCAGAUCCUUCUUGUGAUUUGGAUUUGGUCUUUCUCAAGCUUCCUCGUGAAAUUCAUACGUUCUGCUUCUUCAACCAAGAGUGAUGCAGAUGCCUAGAUGAUGUAAGGUUUGUUCAUAAUAUCAUCUCACUGUUCAAAACACACCCAAGUUAUCUUGGGGCCGAAUAUUUCUAUAUGUACUUGGGUUACUUUUCUUUUUUUGGCACUGAUCCUCUAACUAAUCUAAUACUGAUUGUGGUUACUAGAUUUUGUGAAUGAGGAUUUUAAAUACAGAAAAAGCAAUUG